AUGCAUAGUUCUUGGGAAGAGCAACUCGUACAAUUAAAGUGUGAGGCAAGGUUGAAGGGUGGAUUUUAUGUUGACCCUGAGGCUAAUCUCUUGUUUAUUAUUCGCAUUCGGGGAUAUGUUGCUUCCUUUUUUGUUAGUUUUUGUAUCAAUGCCAUGCACCCCAAGACCAGGAGUAUCUUGCAGCUUUUACGUUUGAGACAGGCUCCACUGGGUGGUCUGAAAAAGAAGAGGAAUCACUAUGUUAAAGGAGGAGAUGCUGGAAACCAUCUUGAGAGAGCCGUAAGGAAGUCUCUUGAUAGGUAUCCGCGAGGCAGGGCGGAAUCAAUCCUCGGUAAAGUAGGGGAGACUGGGCACAUGGAGUCUUCCACUCAAAUUACUGAACCUGCCUCAAAUUGCAGCUCCUCUAGGGACUCUAAUGAUGGUGCGCGAUGGAGGAAAAUAAUGCUCGAGGAAAAUGCUUCCCAGAGGUUUCGGUACUCCUUGGACUUGAAAACAAGAGAAGAAAAGGAACGGCAAAUUAUGUUGGGUUCCUCAGUUACAACUCCAACUGCUACUGGUGAUUAUGCAAUUGGACUAAAGCAACUUGCUUCAAUUACCAGCGAUCAUGAUUUUUCUUCUCUGCAACAAUGUGGUGGUGUCAAAGGGUUGUCAAAUAUGCUGGAAACCAAUCUUGCAACUGGUAUUACUGGAGAUGAGAAUGAUUUGAUAAAACGUAGGAAUGCAUUUGGAACAAAUGGAUAUCCUCAGAAAAAAGGACGGAUUAUUUUGAGGUUCCUCUGGGAAGCUUGGCAAGAUUUAACCCUUAUUAUCUUGAUUGUAACUGCCUUAGCAUCAUUGGGAUUGGGAAUCAAGACAGAGGGUUUGUCAAAAGGAUGGUAUGAUGGGGCGAGCAUCUCUUUUGCUGUUAUUCUUGCCAUAGUUGUUGCAGAUAGGAUUGAAUGGACUUGCAACUUUUAUAGGCGUUGUGGGGCUUGUGGUAGUGCUUUCUGUGCUAGGUGUCCUAUUGUGCCUGUUAGAAUUGUGGUUGUUGCUGUUCUUGUGGGACUUCUAUUGGCUGUUAUCUUGAUUGUGGCAUAUGCAGUGUGGAAAAAGAUGGCAGCUAAAGCCUGGGCAAAUAAAACACGACAAGGAGACAGCAUAGACAAGGAUUGCUAUAGCGAAUCCCAUAAAAACCAGGGAGUAGAGCCGGCUGAAAUUUUCAUACUUAGCAUACGUGACCUUGCCGCGAGUCAACAACGAGCCAAAUGCACCAGUGAAGGCGAAGAUGAUGGAGAUUACAAAGGCAUGAAAUGUCGAUGGGAGGCCCUUGAAGAUGAUGGUUGGUACUGGAUUCCCAUCUACAUAUUCAUAAGGAAGUAG